AUGAUCGUCUUCUUCCUGCUUGUCGCGGCCGCCCACCUCGUCUGCGCCCGGGACAACAGCAGCAGCAGCUCCUCCUUCUCCUUCAACGCCUCCAGUUUGCACUUGACCGAGUCCGCGUCGUGCUUGGCCAUUGACGCGGCGAUGGCACCCAUGUGCGGCGACCGUGCACGCCAGUAUGAGCACAAGUGCGAGAAGCAGUGCGUCCACGCGUGGAAGGUCGUGCGCCACCUCCAAAACACGCAGUGCACCGAGGGCUUGUUCGGCCUGCGCUCGAUGAGCGUCACGACGAUCGCGUCCGCCUUCCUCAGCGUCUUUCUCCUCUUUUCGUGCACGAGCUAAGGACGCCGGACGGACCAUAUUGAUAGGAUAGAAUCAACUUAUUUUAACGCAGGAAUAGAUGCGCCAUUGGCACCCUA